AUGGUACGGUCCAAGAUGGCGGCCUCCAUGUGGAAGCAGUGUCUAACUGCUGCAGUCAAAGUUAAACGUUUUUCUCCGUCUUUCACUGCAAAACGAUGCUUGCUGUCGGCAGCUUAUACAGACCCCAAGAUCUGGGAGGAAAGAGAGAAGGACCCCCAGAACCUUGCUUUGCUGGCCAAUCUGAUGGAUAGAACCUAUGACCGAAAUCUCCCAGUUAGCUCUCUGACCAUCUCACGGUUUGUCGACAACAUAUCGUGUAGAGAGGAAGUUGAUCAAGCAGAGUACUACCUGUACAAGUUUCGUCACAGUCCAAACUGUUGGUACUUACGGGACUGGACCAUACACACCUGGAUCAGACAGUGUCUGAAAUAUGGGGCUAGAGAUAAGGCCCUGCACACCCUCAAAAACAAGGUCCAGUAUGGAAUAUUCCCAGAUGACUUUACCUUUAACCUGCUGUUGGAUUCCUACAUUAAGAAUGAAGACUUUAAAAGUGCAUGUUCUGUGGUGGAAGAGGUGAUGCUCCAGGAGGCCUUCGAUCUUCCCUCCACUCAGAUCCUCUCUCUCAACGCUUUGGGCUCUUUCCUUGCAACCAAACCCCAACUCUCUGUGUCAGAGGAGCGAGCAAUCGGGGCGUCACUCCUCCUCUGCGGGCUAAAGCAAGACAACACUGUUGGCUUCAGCGCACAGCUCCUUGGCAGUGCUCUCCUCGGCAAGGUGGAGAUUUUAAAGGGCAUCCAUGCUGUAUUUAAGGGCAUGCCUCUGUCGUGGGUUAGAGGAUAUCUGGGACGAGCGCUGGCUGUGAUGGAGAGAGUUUCUGCGGCUUCUGGUGACAUCAAGCUGUCUAAAGACACACUUGACAGUGUGAGUCACAUCCUGCAGGAGCUGUCCUCGACCUCGGAUGCAGACAGCUCUGGAGAGGAGUCGGACGUCGAGAAGAAUAAAACAGAGGAAGGCAUCGAUGAGGAUGAUGAGGCUGAGAAGGCUAACCUUCCUCGCUAUGUCAUCAGAUUCAGGGAGCUGAGCAGUCAUUUGGAGUCUCAGGGUAAAGUGGACCCCACCUCCUUCCAAGAUUUAGUGACCACCCUGACCCAGCAGAACCUGGCCUCUGUAGAGAAACCAGACAUGGAGCAGUACCAGAGCCGACUAAAGGCCUGGGAGGCUGAAAAGAGGCAGCUGAUCCAGAGGGAGAAGGAUUUUAGGGCGAAAGCUGAGCAUGAGAGACGAGAGCGAUUAGCUGCCAAGGCUGCAGCUCAGCAAGUUUAGAAACUGCAGUUAAAUUAAAAUGGUCUACUCUCUGUAAGCUUUACCAUCAAGGAUACAAAAAUAUGAACACCCAGAUGUUACUAGUUACUUUUGUGUAUAUAUAUAUAUGGAGUUGUUUUUAAAUGUUAAAAUGAAAUAAAUU